GUCCGAUUGCACAACUCAACAAACUGUUAUUUUUGUUUACGUUUACACUUUAGGAGACUUCUGCAAUUUGAAAAUGGUAAGUUUCAGUCGAUGGAACGUUUCAGUAUUUAUUUGUUUAUUCAAGUGGCCCAGUUUUUAGUAUGUCUAUAAACUGAUCGUUUAGCUGUGCACUGAAUCUUUUCAGUUUAUAGUUUCUCAAUCCUUUCCAGAACGAAGCUAGUUUACCACAUAUAGUUAAGUGAGUGUUAUUUGUUUGUUUUCUAUCGAAAUCCAGUGGAUAAAAGGAAACACGUACAUGUUCCUUUUUAACAAACUCAUCAAGUAAGUGUACACUACAGUAUGAUUGAAGCGAAAUUCUUGUUUUUUUUUUCCAGCCCAAGGAAGGGAAAUCAAAAGUUCAUUGUAAAAAAGUGGUUCAUCCUAAUUCUAGAAAAGCUGUGAAGCUGGCACGACAGGCUCACAGGGAUGAAAAACUACAAAGGUGAAAAACCCUGCAUUUUGUAUGAGAGAGAGGUGAUAUUGUGAUAUUAAUGCAUCAGUCAAUUCCAGCUGCGCCCAACCCCACCCCACCCCCAGGCUGACCCCCGGGCAUUAGCAAUUUUUUGGCCUUGGAUGGCAAAUUCCCUGGGGGUGGGGACUCUUGAGCUGUUAAAUCCCCCCGGGUGGGGACAAAAAAAGAGGGCAAAUGCCCCGUCCUUCGUCAACACUGUAACAUUUUUCAUUGAUUGCACAGUCGAAUAAUGCCGUUUUAGGCAUUUUAAUGUACGAUUUUUUGUUUCAAUCAACGUCUUCCUUUGUAAUAGCGCUAGGAUUCUAAUGAAGACUUCACGCUGCGAUGACAUGCACCAGUGGGCUGGGCACAGCUGGAAUUGACUGAUGCAUAAUGACCAAAUAAUACCACUAGAUUUAGGUAAAGAGAUUCUAUUCUAUAGAAAAGAAAAUUGAUAAAUUAAGGGUAAAAUUCGGACAAACAACAUGGCCUUGAGACAGCGACAUGAGACAGAUGAAAUGGUGACAAGUAAGACAAAGAGGGUUAUAACUGAGCCAAUGACAGAAGUGAAUGCAUAGUAAAAUACUGACAAAGACAUUGCUUCCUCCUCAAUACAGAAUGAAAAGUUUUUUGAAAUGUGUAGUUCCAGAAAAUAUCCAAAACAAACGUGCCUCCACAGAAGACAACUGGAAAUUCCAAUGGGGUAAGUGGGUUCUCAGUAAGGCAGGAAUUUCCAAGGGAAUGGAGGAUUUUAGGAAUCUCUACUUCGAGAGGGUGAAGGAAGAAAAGGAAAUUGAAAGUAAUGCAUGACGGAUCUAUAGCAUGAAAUAAUGUUUUCUUUUUUUGAAUGGAAAUUUGAGCUCCUGUCCAUUGAGAUGAAGUUAACGUAAUUAGCUUUAAUGAUUCUGUUUUUGUUUAUAAAAGAGAGUUAUUAUUCAUUCAAAAUAUUUCCCCGAUUCUGAUUGGCUAAAAGCACACAUUUAAUACACCAUAACCAGUUACUGAUGACCAAAUUUGGAAGAAUUUUGUGUUUAACGAGGAAAUGAUGUCAAAAAUGCAGCGUUCGUGCAAGUUAAGGCAUCGUUAACCGAGAAGACCUGGGGAUGAGGUUGAGUUGUUCGGGUUUGUGUAAACAAAAAUGGCGGUCGUUUCACUCAUUUCAAGAGUAAGAACUAGGCGAAAAAAUAGCUAAAGACAUGGCAAGAACAGCAAGAAGACAACUCGAAGGGUGACAUCUGCUAUUUGGGGAAUAUUUGCGGAGCUAGACAAACCUAAACGUGCACAAUGGAAGAUGAACUUAACAUCGAUGGAUCGAUGGAGGUAAGCAUGUUUUAGCCAUGUUUUUAAACUAGGAAUUAUUUUGAAUGAAUAAUAAAACAAUUAUUGAAUUCAGCUUUGGUAUCAUAUGAAGAAUAUUAUUAUGGAGAUCUCGGAGGGUGUUAUCCGCCUUGGCCUACGGCCUCGACAGAUAACACCCUCCUCGAUCUCCAUAAUUCUUCAUAAGAUACUCAGCCUCGUUCAUUAAUUGUUAAUUUAUAACCAUAUGAGAGUUCCACGUCCGCUUGGUACUCGGGCACAUUCAGUUUUUUCCACCAUUAAUAAAUAAAUUUAAUCUGUACUUAACCCUCAUAACAAAACAGCAAAAUCUCUCAAAAAACUUAGUAAGUUUUUGGUAUUACUUCUUGUCAGAAAGGUGACAUUAUAAAGUUCCCUCAUGUUUCAUUUCCUGCGUUCACUCAUUGUCAGCAUUAUCUUCAUUGCUUACUUCACCAGUAACAUUGAGUUUGCUUGAGCAGUCCAUGUUUGGAAGAAGAAAAGGAAGAAGACUUAAUUUUUAAAGGGUUUUUAAUGAGGGGGAAAUUCCUGGGUGGAGGGCUGGUGAUAAAAGAUCCCAUUGGAGUGAAAUUCUGGAGUGGUGCAGGGAUGUAAACCAAAAUGUCUUCUGUGGGGGAGGGGCGGGGGUGGAGUAUGGAUAUUUUCUGGAACCAUACAAUUCAGACUAGGAACUUAUAGGGUUUGUCUCUUGCUGGACAUCAACUUCUGAAAUUUUGUAAUGACUAUCUCUUAACUGUACCCAUUUGAUUUAUGUAAACUAUGUUUUACUGCUUUAUAGAAAAAAAGCGGAGAGAAAUUACCUUCUUCAAAUCAAAGGUAUUUGUCCCUCUGUAUAUCUACUUGAGGUGACUCGACCCAGUUUUUUUGGGGGGGUACCAUCCUAGUUUGAAGCUCUCUGGUAUCCCCACCUUUACUUUUAUCGUAAGUCUAACACAUAGAAUGGAUAACAUAUAGAUCAAUCUACAAUGAUUAUAACAUAAAAUUUUUGGCAAUCAGAGUAAAUGUCACGUGGUUAUAAUGCCACGCCCUUUUGAGGUCUGAGUCGAAAAUCUGCUUUUGCCGGCAUUUUUUCGUGAAAAUCUCUCGGCUACACAUAGUUCGCAUUAGUGCCUUGCGCUGAACAGAGUUUCACCAAAAUCGCAAAGAUCCAAUUCGAGAAAUUCAGCGGUUUCCAAAUUUAGGUCAUAAUUUAUGCGAAAAUGAUAAGCAAACUUUACACGGAUUAUAUCUAAUAAACUAGGAGAUUCAUCCCUUUAUUUUGGGCAUUGUUAUAACAGAUGGGUCCUUGCAGGUCAGCAAAACGCCUUAGGGCCUUGUAAAUGCGCGCGAUUUCGAGCAAAGCAAACAUAUAGAAAUUAUAGUUUUCGCUAUUUGUUGACGUUUGUUAGCGUUUAAGAGUCCUUCUCACGAAAAAAGUAUUUUCUUAAAAAUUCGUAGGUUUUUUUCCUUCAAAUUUUUUCAGGGCCACAAUUGAUUAACUAACUACCCGGACUCUGAAUUUCAUGGUCAUUGAAAAACUGUGACAUUAUCGUCUAUAAGCCCAAACUUGAGUAAACAUUGAAGAUUUUUAGCGUUUUGGCUGAGUUUGUGCUUUGGAAGUUGUCUAUUGUUUCUAGUCAGUCAUGAUACAGCAUUCUUGCUCAGCACGCGUGCAAUGACCGCGCUUGGCUGACUUCCAAAUGCUCACCGAGAUAUUCCCGUCACGAGUUGGUUUAAUUAUUGGCUUGCAUUAAACCUAUGAAAAAAUGAUAUUUUUGUAAUAGUAAGUAGAUUUAUGGCUGAGUUUGUGCUUUGGGAGUUGUCUAUUGUUUCUAGUCUGUCAUUAUACAGCAUUCUUGUUCAGCACGCGUGCAAUGACCACGCUUGGCUGACUUCCAAAUGCUCACCGAGUAGUACAAGAAAAUAGAAGGGAUUCCCGUCACGAGUUCGUUUAAUUACUUGCAUUAAACCUAUGAAAAAAUGAUAUUUUUUAAAUAGUAAGUAGAUUUAGUGUGUAGCACUUCUUGAUUUUUUUGCAAAGGCACAAGAAGCACGAGAAUCGAUUAAAAAAUGUGAGUUAAACCUCUAUGUAUCACGCGAUGACCUGUCUCACUGUACCAAAAUUAUCAUAUCUCGGUGAGCAUUCGGAAGUCAGCCAAGCGUGGUCAUUGCACGCGUGCUGAACAAGAAUGCUGUAUAAUGACAGACUAAAGCUUUUUGCUGACUUGCAAGGACCCAUCUGUUAUAACGAUGCCCAAAAUAAAGGGAUAAGUCUCAUACUUUAUUAGAUAUAAUCGUGUAAAGUUUACUUAUCAUUUUCGCAUAAAUUAUGACCUAAAUUUGGAAACCGCUGAAUUUCUCGAAUUGGGUCUUUGCGAUUUUAGUGAAACUCUGUUCAGCGCAAGGCACUAAUGCGCACUAUGAGUAGCUGAGAGAUUUUCACGAAAAAAUGCCGGCAAAAGCAGAUUUUCGACUCAGACCUCAAAGGGGCGUGGCAUUAUAACCUUGGACAUUUACUCCGAUCGCCAAAAAUUUUAUGUUAUUUGUAGAUUGAUCUAUAUGUUAUCCAUUCUAUGUGUUAGACUUACGAUAAAAGCUAACGGUGGGGAUACCAGAGAGCUUCAAAGUAGGAUGGUACCCCCCUAAAAAAACUGGGUCGAGUCACCUUAACUGCCCUUGAUCCUUUUUUAAGUUUUUAGACUACUGUAACUUACUUAAUAGACCCAUUAUUACUGCAGAGAUAAUACUUAUUAUGUUAGAGGAAGGAGAAUGCUUAAUAUCUAGUCCCCCAGGUAGCAUUCUGGAUUCUAUAUGAUUUCACGGUUGUUGCCAUCUUGGACUGGCUGGCACAUUUUGCCUUCAUCUCAUGUGUUCAGUUUUUCUUGCCUGGGAACUGGUAUCUAUUUUUAUAACACUCAUUCACAGAUGAAACAUUGGUGAGUUUGUGAAUAUCUUGAGCAUCGUAGUCAGUGUUUGACCUGCUAUUACUUACAUGUACUUUGCUUAGAGGUUUGGCAAACUGUAAAAUGUAAAAAAUACAGGACGUUCUUGCAUUUUUAAGGAAAAAUGAAAUAGUAAAUAUGCAUUGUAAAAAAAGUGGGAGGAUCAACAAUAACACUGAGAAAGAUAGCUGCUGAUAUUCAUAUUGAUAAAAGUGUUUGAUUUUGAUUUCUCAAUCUUACAAGCCCAUCAAGUUUUGCACCCCCCUAUGACUACCUCUCACUACCCGCCUCCCCCGCCUCCCCCAUCAAAACCACUCUCCUAAUUUGCAAUAAAAGUAUUGUCAAACUAGAUUAUCUUGCUCUCUUUGUAGCUGGAGAAAAGUUUAGAUGGUUUUAUGAGAACGUAGAAGAGGAAAAGACACAAUAUUCUUGUUAUGAAGUGUGUGAGCUUAUUGAAAGGUGGGUAUUUUGUUGUACAUUUUUCUUGGACUAUCAAAAAAAAACAAUAAUAGAUGUCAAUUAUUUUUAUUCAAAGGAAAAAAUGAAAGACACCCUUGGGUAAUAGUAUUAUGCUAAUCAAGACUGGUGCCAAUUUUUAAAUUUAUUGUAAUUUGCCUUUUGUAAAAAUUAUGAUUGGAAAAAAGAAUAACAGUUAAAUAGUUAAACUAGUGUGGUGGUAUCAAUAAAAGCUGACUAGCAAUGGUGUAAAGAUGUGAACUUAAACCGGUGCCUUUUUGGACUUAAUUUGCACCUUUAUGCAUUAAAUUAACAUUGUUCCAAAUGCUUGCCUUCUUUGGCUUACUGUAACACCUACAGCAUCUCGACCAGGCCAUCAGAAUGGGCUGUGGAGGGCUGGUUUACCUCCUAUAAACAGAUUUUGGUUUUUAUAGAGUAAUAUUUAAAAUCUCUUGCACUUUCUUACUUGCUUGUAUCACUGAGAUGAGAUCUGAAUUGGCAAACACUGAAUGCUGCAAUCUUUCUAGAGUGUAAAUAAUGACCUGUUUGCUCUGAGACACUGUUUGUAACUUGCAAGUCAUUUUCUGGGUUACUUAACAUUUACAUGGUAAAAGUGUUUCUGUUUUUUCAGAUAUUUGCACAGAUUUGACCAAGAACUUGAGCAAAUUAAUGAACAGAACAGUAUGAAGGGAAGACAAGGCAGGGUUCAUGCAUCAAGGGAAGAUGCACUAAAAAAUAUUAUUGAACGUGAAAGAGAACUUUAUAAUGCUAAUGGAAUUGGUGAGCAUGUGCAACUUUUUAAAAUUUAUUAGUUGUUUUAAUUUUUCAUUAACUAUUUAAUGACAUGUAUUGAAAUCCAAAUUCUCCUCCCUUGACUUUACUGUAUGCUUGUUAUGGAGGGUGAAAUCAGGAACAAAGGAAGUACACCGAUAAUGUAAAAAAUCAACUGAAGAAAUUUAUCUUGAGUGAUCCCGCCUUUGAUUUGACUAACCUCUGUAAUUGACUCUUAGCCCAAAAGAUUGUUUAUAUUAAUUACUUUUUCGCACCAAAUUUAGUUUUUGGAGGGCUUAUUAAGACGGAGAUUUUUGGAAUGCAUGGAAGAUUUAGAAGAAGUUAAGUUAAUUAACUAUCCUUAUGUAAAGUUAAGCAUAUGUAUCAGAAACGUUACAUUGAAAAAUCAUUCGACGCUUCCAGUCUCAAUGAAUUAGCAAAUGAACGCAGCACAUUGGAAGCAAAAAAGAAAGUUUUGAACGCAAAGGUUGACUUAAAAAUGUUUUUUUUGUCUGCAGAACUUCCAGAUCUCACAUCUUCUAAAACACUAUCUCAGUUUAGGUAAGCCUAUGGAGUUUAUGUGACGUUAGUUUGAGUUUUAUGCGAGGAACAUUCGGUUUUGGCCGUAUGUGAAGCUAGAUGAGACACAAACUUUAGAUCUUGGAUUCCAGAAAGUGCAUGCUUUUGAAUCACGUCAAAACACUUCCGCUUCUCAGAGGCUUUCGCUUCUCAUUAGCUUUCAAAACUGCACAGUAAAAGUACAAUGAUUUUGUCGUUAGUUAUCCCAGCCCUUCAGAAGUUUUUGUGUUUUGUUGAACGAUGUUUUUAGUGGGUAGUAGUGGUGUUAAAAUUUUGUUUGUUCGUUUGUUUAGCUUGGUUUUCGUAGUAGUUGAAAAAGUUUUUUGCUUUUGUUGGUUUACUUGCCCUUAAACAGUCAUUUCCUCUGAAAACAAUAUUGCCCACCUAAAAAAAAAGACUUAUACGACUUGUGAAGCUGAAUCUGUCGAUUUCAGUACAGUGGAACCUGACGGAACCACUGUAAUUAGUUUCUGUAUUACUUAAUCAGGCCAUGUUAUUUAUGUCUCAGUAGUCCAAAAUCAUUAGUAGACCUUUCAUUGGAACCAAAUACCAAAGAAAUAAAACAGGACAUUAGCAUCGUCAAUCUAAACGUCUCUAACUUAGUUUGAACUUACACAAAGCGGUCAUUCAGAUUCUGCAGACCGGUUCCGCGGAAACACUGAAAAGUUGAUCAUUUAUACAUUAGAAUACUUAAUCACAAACAGUACCCUGCAUAACUCAUUUCAGUGUUGCCAAUAUCGUCAGAAAUUAACUUUAUCUUUUCCCGUCUAUUGUAACAAUGUGACCAUCGACAUGCUGUCAUAUGAAGAUUUUUCGAUAAACGUCAGAAAAAGCAAACCUUAGUACUGCACACAGUUGGCAAGGAAGUGUCCGUAUUAACAAGGUUAACUUUCCAUAAGAAUCUCUUGAUUGGCCGAUUAGAGAAAAGUGUCCUUUUUUGGCAUUAACCGGUGUCCGUAUUAAACGGGUUGAAUUUAAAGAAAACCUUUCGUUAUAAUGAGGUGUCCGUAUUAUGCAUCAGUCAAUUCCACCUGCUCCCAGCCCCUCCCCCCCCGCCCCCCGCCCGUGAGACCCGGUGAACCAUUCUCCCUGCUUGGAUCACAGUGUGUUGGACCUUUGCAUAAGGAACGGACCCUCAGGUGGGGCGGCGUGGAAUGGCGGCACUUACCCUGUCUUUUUGUUCUUCGCAUGUGUUUGUUUUAAUUAGAUAAACUACUAAAUUGAACNAAUUGUAGAGGGUUGUAAAGGCAUGUUCUCGAUUUUACAUGUAUGUAUGCAUUUCUUCAUUGCUUAUCAAGCCAGAAUUACGUAGCGAAUUUGGAGCUAUCGAUGUGAAUCAAAGUUUUUUGGUUAUUGAAUCAAAUUUCUGUUGAUAUUAUUUGAAGAACAUCUUUUCAUAUUUAUAAAACUAUUCACAACAUAUAACUUUACAGCGCUCUAUUAAUUUUAAUGUCAAUAAUUUUAUACUAAUACUAAAACCAUAAACUGGUGCAUGUCGUGGCGGCGUGAAGUCUUAAUUAGAAUCCUUGCGCUAUUACAAAGGAAGACGUUAAUUAAACCAAAAAAAUCGCACAUUAAAAUGCUUAAAACGGCACUAUUUGACUGUGCGAUCAAUGAAAAAUGUUGCAGUGUUGACGGAGGACGGAGCAUUUGCCCUCUUUUUUCGUCCCCACCCCGGGGAAUUUGACAGCUCAAGAUUCCCCACCCCUGGGAAUUUGCCAUCCAAGGCAAAAAAAAUGCUAAUGCCCGGGGGUCAGCCCGGGGGGGGCCUGGGCGCAGGUGGAAUUGACUGAUGCAUUAAGGAGGUGUUCGUGAGCGGGAUUCCUUAUUGAACUGUUCAGCCCACCCACAGCUCUACAACGAAGAUUUUAACCAGUUUUAUUUUGCUUUCAGAGACUGGGAUUGCGAUGUAGCCAGCCUCAAGCUGAUGAAAAUGCGAAAAUUUAACUCAUCUCUAUUAAACAAAAAACAGGACACAAAGAGUAUGAACAUUGGCAACGACGAUACGGAUGAAAAAGAGAUUAUUAGUGAAAGAAAAUAAAAUGGCGUC